AUAUCCUUAUUCUUUAUUCGAAUAGGUGGCAAAGGAAACUAUAUUGCCGGCUUGGCACUGCUGAUUGCUUGUGCUGCUCCAGCCUACGCCAAUGUGAACACCACCGCCCUGUGUAUGCUGGUGACCGAUGGCGUCUUGGUGGCCAGCCAGACAGACUGCACCACCUACUACCAGUGCCAGGGAUCGGUCGUCACUCAGAUGUCCUGCGGCAGCGGGCUGUACUUCGACAAGAAUGCCCAGCAGUGCGUCAGCACCGUACCGAGCACAUGCACCAGUGCCAGUAAUCCCUGCCUGGGCAAGGCGGUGGGCACCUUUGCUCCGUCCCCCACCACCUGUGGCGGCUACUACUACUGCGGCGCCUCCGGUCCCGUGCAGGGCAGCUGCCCCGCUGGCGAGAACUUUAAUCCCACGACCAUGGCCUGUGCCUAUUCCAACAACUAUCCCUGCACGGAGUCUAUCUCCAACUCAGGCAGCAGCUCCACCCUGUCGGUCGCCCUCAACCUGUGCAAUCUGGUCGAAAACGGAAUCUACUUUGGCAGCCCGUCCAGCUGCUCCACGUGGAACCUUUGCCAGAACAACGUCCUCAAGAGCGGUUCAUGUCCCAGCGGAUAUGUCUUCAAUGUGGAGCAGAUGAACUGCGGCUACAAGACGAUCUCCUCUUGCUCCCAGGUGACGAACGAUCCCUCGCUGACGGGCAUCAUUAGUCCGACGACCUGCACCACGGUUGGCAGCAAGAUAGCAGCCACCGCCUGCAACCAGUAUUACCUCUGCAAUCCCUCCCGGACCUACACACUGCAGACCUGCUCCGCUGGAUACUACUACGACACAGUGUCCCAGGCGUGCGUCACCAGAACGGCUGCCCGAAACAAUUGUGAUCGCUGCGUGGGCACCACCUUGUCCUUUGUGAACGCUUAUUCAAUCAGUAAUUGCACCAACUAUCUAUACUGCGUCAACGGCGUGGAGCAGGCCGAGGAGUCCUGUCCCACGGGCUUCUUCUUCAACGAGGUCCAGGGUAGCUGUGUCCAGGGCACGGAGCCGCAGUUCCUCUGCUGCAAUCCAACAUUGAGCAACGGAACCUCUACAUCUGGGAGCUCAUCUUCAGGUACAUCUUCUGGAACUUCCUCUGGAACUUCUUCAGGAACUUCCUCGGGAACUUCAUCUGGAACUUCCUCGGGAACUUCAUCUGGAACUUCCUCGGGAACUUCUUCUGGAACGUCCUCGGGAACUUCUUCUGGAACUUCCUCGGGAACUUCUUCUUCCGGAACUUCCUCUGGAACUUCCUCUUCUGGAACUUCCUCUGGAACUUCCUCGGGAACUUCCUCGGGAACUUCUUCUGGAACUUCCUCGGGAACUUCUUCUGGUACUUCCUCGGGAACUUCUUCUGGAACUUCCUCGGGAACUUCUUCUGGAACGUCCUCGGGAACUUCUUCUACCGGAACUUCCACUGGAACUUCCUCUUCUGGAACAUCGUCUUCUGGAACUUCCUCUUCUGGAACUUCCUCUUCUGGAACCUCCACUUCUGGCACUUCCACCUCCGAAAAAUAGGUCAAGCAGCUAAACUGCAUUUUUGAGGAUAUAUAUUUACAAAUAUAUUUACAUGUUUAUGAAGCAACGAAAUUUGUAAUUAAAUAUCAUGAUUAACUAUUUCUUAAUUUAAGUGAAAAGCUAUAAAGUUUUUUAAGGUCCCGAAAAAAGAACAUACUCCCUAUGAAGAAAACAAUACCUUUACAGUCCCCGGUUUAUAGUGAAAAUA